AACCAUCCGGAUUGCAAUAAUACCUUAGACUCAUUCACGCCAACAAGGUUGAUCAAUGUUGGUCAGGUGGAUUCUAUACUAGUGAGGCUUGAAGCCGGAAACCGAACAGCUGGGCUGCCCUAUGUGGCUCUGAGCCACUGCUGGGGACCACCGGAUCCACGAAAGCCGAUGCUAGUAACCGAAACAUCUACACUGUGCGAGAGACUGGAAGGAAUACCACUUGACAUUAUGCCACAGAAUUUCAAAGAUGCUGUGGCUUUCACACGCCAACUCAACAUCCAAUACCUCUGGAUCGACUCCCUGUGUAUCAUACAAGACUCUGAUAAGGACUGGCAGCGCGAAGCAUUACUGAUGGACCAGGUUUACAAACAUGCUUACUUGACUCUCGCUGCGACAUGUGCCAGAACAAGUCACGAUGGCUUUCUGAAGCGGCCUCUGAGUCGUGAAAGUAAUAUCGAAUGCUCGACGUGGAAUACUAGGGGUUGGACGAUGCAGGAAAGGUACCUUUCCCGGCGUCUGGUCCACUGCAGCCAAUACCAGGCUUAUUUUGAAUGCCGGACUGCUAUCUGGCCUGAGGAUAAUCACAAGGUCCAACAUAUGCCAACCGCUGGAAGACUAUUCGACCGCUGGUUUCUCAUCGCAGCGCAAUUUUCUCCUCGCCAAUUGACAUACAGCCGCGAUAAGCUCCCAGCUCUUUCAGGUCUCGCAAAGGAAACCUAUUCCGCUGGCCCUGUCGGGCGCUAUCUAGCUGGCAUCUGGGAAGGAGACUUGGUCUACGGACUGCUCUGGAUCUGCUGGGAGGAUGACACUCAAUUUUUGCGACCGUCAUCGUAUCGUGCUCCUUCUUGGACCUGGGCUUGCUUGGACGGCCAGAUAUCGUGGGGAAUGUAUUGGGAUAGGGCAGAGAUGCCUAAGAUGAUCGACUUGUUGGAAGUUGAUAUUGAGCUAGAGGGGGACAACCCUUUCGGUGCUAUCAAGAGUGGUAGCCUUGUGAUCAGCGGCUCUCUUGCUGCUGUCAGU